CCGAUACUUACGCUCCCAUACUCACCACAUGUCUUUGUCUAUAAUGGACAAUAAAAUACUGCUACUACUUUGUGCAUUACUUUCGGCGGAAAGUAGGACCUUAUAUCUGCAACUAAACGCGCCCACAAGUGAAGAGGUCAGUGGUAUCAAUGUUUUUGUUGGUUUUUGGGAUUUUGUGUCGGUGGAGAUCGUGAGAGUGUAUUUUAAACAUAAAUCAGGAUACGUCGUAAAAACCAUAAUUAACUGUCGUUCAUGAGAAGAUAUGGCUACCUGCCCGAGGGUUCGGGCGACGUGGACUAUGCGUACACGCCGCACUCCAUAUCCGCUGCCGUCAAGAAGAUGCAGGAGUUCGCUGGUCUACCACCGACUGGCAUGUUGGACCUGGCUACUAAGAAGCUCUUCAAGAAGCGUCGGUGCGGAGUGAAAGACAUCGGCGACACGUCGUCUAGACACCGCAGGUACAUCCUGCGACAGGGGUGGAACAAGCGGUCUAUCACUUACAGAAUAAUCAACGGCUCCAGCACCCUGGAGAAGGCUCGUGUUGAGGAGGGGAUGGCCCACGGGCUGUCUGUGUGGGCGCCCCACGGAGGCCUGCAGUUCUACAAGCUGGACGACGGCGCCGCAGACAUCGAGGUGUCCUUCGCCAGUGGAGACCACGGAGACGGAUUUCCAUUCGACGGCCCAGGUCGAGUGGUGGCCCACGCGUUCCCUCCGCCGCACGGCGCGAUGCACUUCGACGACGACGAGAUAUGGGGCAGCGACCCCGAGGCGGAAGACGAGGAUGUAACAGACUUCUUCGCCGUCGCCGUGCACGAGAUCGGCCAUGCCCUGGGCUUGUCACAUUCCUCAGUCAAAGCCUCCGUCAUGUACCCUUACUAUCAAGUGCCCGUUGAACGAUUACAUAUGGACGACAUUCUCGGCAUGCAGGAGUUGUAUUUGAAAGACCAACUCGCAGAAGCGACAGAGGCGCCGGCCAACGAGAUCCUGUCCACCCCGCAAGUGCCGCGGUUCACGAAGGCCGACGACGACGACGACAUACCUGACCUGUGCUUCACCAACUACGACACCCUGCAGGUUAUACAGGGCAUGAUAUUCGUGUUUGAGGAAGAGUGGGUGUGGGUGUUCCGGGAGAGGAGGCAGCUGGAACCAGGCUACCCUCGCCGGUAUCACGAGGUGUUUGUUGGACUGCCCGAGCACGUCAACGCUAUACGGACUAUCUAUGAGAUGCGGAACAGAAACAUACGUAUCUUUGCAGGCAGAAGAUACUGGGAAUUUGACAGGUCGUUCCACCUAAUCAACAAGGGAACUAUAUACGAGUAUGGUAUCCCCAGACAGAUAGCCGAACUGACGACAGUAUUCGUCUCCAACUACAACAAUAAGACCUAUCUCAUAGAGUAUGAGCAGUUCUGGCGAUAUGAUGACGAGACGAAGACCAUAGACCGAGGUUAUCCUAAAGAGAUGUCGGCGUGGAGACAGGUGCCUUACCCCGUGGACAGCGCUCUGAUUUGGAAAGGAGACACGUACUUCUUCCGCGGUCCCCGGUUCUGGCGGUUCGACAACACACUGGUGCGCGCGCACGAGUACUACCCGCUGCCGACCGCGCAGAUUUGGUUCGACUGCCCCACCAGCCCCGACAUGGACCGAUACGUCGUCAAUGAUGACUCCUGAUCUAAACUGUAACUCUUGUUUAUUGAAAAUGCUGCCGUAAUGUUUCAGGUGUUGAGGUCUCUCCUUUUUUCUCUACUGUCUAUCGUGUCUAUAGAUGUAAGACCGGUUUAAAACCAAUCCGUUUAAAACGAAUAAAACCGUUUUCCGUGCUUCGGAAGGCAACUUCGAAACUUACUAAUGUAAGUAAGUAGUCGUUACAUGAGCCAUGUCAGGGGCCUUUGGCGGCUCAAUAAUAACACUGACACCAGGGUUGAUGAGGUUGGUAAUUCACCUCUCAACCCACACGAUGGAAGACUGAAAUAAACUUUGAACCAGCGCGAUGGUCUUGAAGACAUAACGUUCGUUCCAGUCUCUUUCAUGCGCAAGUAAAAAGGGCGGUAGGUAAUGUUCUCUUCUAAUAUAGUUUGUGUAAUAAAUACAAUUACUAAGUAUAGUUUCAUAUACCUACAUAAUUACUACUUAAGUUUUUGUAUACUAGGUAAUGUAUGAAAGUACUUACCGUAGAAUCUUUUUAAACUAGGUACCUAACGAAAUACGACGUCAGUUGACCAAAACUUGCCCAUAAUGAAGUGUAAAACACAUUUAUUUUGGUAGGCGAGUUUUCAACUGUUUAAAACGGUUUAUUUGGGGUUUAAAAGCGCAAUAUUUUCUUUAAAACGAUUUAAACCGGUUGUUUUACAUAUGUAAUCGUGUGAAAUCGUGUCCCACUGAGCAAAAGCUGCCCCUCUCUUCUUCGACAGUUCCCUAUUUAGGUAUAUGCUUUGCCAUUCCCCUUCAAAGGUAUGCAGAUCAUCUUGCCAUCUUCUUUUGGGCCUGCCUAGGCUCCGACAUCCAUCUAUCGAUCCGGGUGCAUUCGGCAAACCUUAUGAUUCAGAUGCAACUCAACUCAUUGAUUACAUACCUCAAUUACUUUGCUGCUUCGAAAAUUAUAGCAGAGUACAUUCAACUAUUUAAAACUUAUACUUAAUUUUAUUAUUAAACUAAUUGUUAAAGAAAGAACGUUUGUUAUUAAAAAAUAUAUCACUUUAUUAAGAGUUCAAAAAUCACAUAAUAGUAACAAAAGCGACAAUAAAGAAUUGAUUUCGGAUGUGGUGCACAUUGGGAAUGUUACUGAACAUUUGUGAAACAAAAAUAUGCUUUAACAAACAAA